UGGGCAAUAUUUCCUAGCCGCAGAAUUGCUUAUUGGAAUAAUGAGCGUGCGCGUGCAAGUGCUUGGAGGCUACCGUCGCCUGUUGCGGGCGAGUCGUCAGGCAUUCCGUGGAGACGCGUACGCGCUGCAGCAGGCGCGUGCGGCUUUGCGUGACAACUUUAUGGCCAACAGCCAGGUGAGCGACAAGGAGCAGCUGGACGAGCUAGUCAAGGGUAUCGACGAGGCCGAGAGUAUGCUGCUACACAACAUUGUGCAGGGUCGCGCCAAGCAGGAGGAGGGCGAAGUCGCACCGCGCUUCGAGGUGAAGCUUACAGACCCGCAGCGCAAGGCGAUGCGCCAGGACGAGGAGAUCAUGCCUCUGACGGAGAAGUCGGCCAACGAACCGCUUGUCAUGAACUCGGGCAACGUCUGUCAGCGCCCGUCGUAGACGAACGGAUACGAUGAGUCAAAUAUAUACAGCUUCUUUUGCCUAAUGAGGUCGUGCAGCUCACAACUGUGAAGCAUUGGAACUAGUUGAACAUCAUGGGGACUUUGUAUUUUCGUUAGCUAGACGUACACCAGAGCGCACUGCGCGCUGUUUUAACGUUUCUGCCUCCCCCAAGUCACGCGUACAUUCACUCAGCUCUCGAACGCAUAUCUUCACAUAAAAUCA